AGAUUCCAGCAGAUACAGUCGGCCUCCCCUGCCCGCUUCUCUCCUGGAUUCCCCGCUGCCCAUCCUCAUUCUCCCGGUGGAAGCGCCGCAACGAAGGACCGGAGCCCCCUUUCUGCUCCCGGGGUGCUUCACCCGUCCGCAGCGCCGCCCGCCCCGCCCCCGGAAGUGACGGCGGCCGCGCGGCCCUGCCUUUGUCCCGUCGGGCAUCGCGGCGACGGCGGGAAGAUGGCGGCGGCGGGAUCCCUGGAACGAAGCUUCGUGGAGCUAAGCGGGGCUGAGCGCGAAAGGCCGAGGCACUUUCGGGAAUUCACAGUCUGCAGCAUUGGGACCGCAAAUGCCGUGGCUGGCGCCGUAAAAUACAGUGAGAGCGCGGGAGGCUUUUACUAUGUGGAGAGUGGCAAGUUGUUCUCCGUAACCAGAAACAGGUUCAUUCAUUGGAAGACCUCUGGAGAUACAUUGGAGCUGAUGGAGGAGUCACUGGACAUAAAUCUGUUGAAUAAUGCCGUUCGCCUAAAAUUCCAAAAUUGCAGUGUUUUACCUGGAGGGGUUUAUGUCUCUGAGACUCAGAAUCAUGUGAUAAUCUUGAUGUUAACCAAUCAAACAGUGCACAGGUUACUUUUACCACACCCCUCCCGGAUGUAUAGGAGUGAGUUGGUAGUUGAAAGUCAGAUGCAGUCAAUAUUCACUGACAUUGGAAAAGUUGAUUUCACAGAUCCUUGCAACUAUCAAUUAAUUCCAGCAGUACCUGGAAUAUCUCCUAAUUCCACCGCCUCAACAGCCUGGCUUAGCAGUGAUGGGGAGGCCCUGUUUGCCUUACCAUGUGCUUCUGGGGGAAUCUUUGUUCUUAAGCUACCUCCUUAUGACAUACCUGGUAUGGUGUCAGUUGUGGAGCUGAAACAGAGUUCAGUAAUGCAACGAUUGCUUACAGGCUGGAUGCCAACAGCCAUCAGGGGUGACCAGUCGCCUUCAGAUCGUCCCCUCAGUCUUGCUGUUCAUUGUGUGGAGCAUGAUGCCUUCAUCUUUGCUCUGUGUCAGGAUCAUAAACUACGAAUGUGGUCUUACAAGGAGCAAAUGUGCCUGAUGGUAGCUGACAUGCUGGAAUAUGUCCCUGUGAAGAAAGACCUUCGGCUCACUGCUGGAACUGGACACAAAUUACGGCUUGCUUAUUCCCCUGCCAUGGGACUCUACAUAGGGAUAUACAUGCAUGCACCAAAACAAGGACAGGUAUGAAACACAUAAGACACAUACCAAGUUAUUCUGUGUGUACUGAUGUGGAGAAAUGGCUGUAGACUCAGUGAGUCUGUUCAAGCUCUUUUCACCGACCUAGAUGUGUUUCUGAGGUGUUGGU